AUGGCAACGCCUACAGUGCCCGCAGCUCAGCCUGCAACGCCGCUCAACCCUUUCGUCGUCGAACUGCCGGAAAAGCUCGACUUUCGGAGACCCGAGGAGUGGAAGCGGUGGUUUACACGAUGGGAAAGGUACCGCGUCAUCUCAGGUUUGAAGAAACAAGACGACGAAACCCAGGUGAACACACUCAUUUACGCGAUGGGCCGUGAAGCAGAAGAUGUCCUGGCGUCGCUCAAACUUUCCGACGCUGAGAAACUCAACUACGACGCGGUAACACGAGCGUUCGCGAAACAUUUCGUGCCGCGGACGAACGUGAUAUAUGAGCGGGCGAAGUUCAACAGCCGGAAGCAAGAAGCGCAUGAGUCAGUCGACGCGUUCGUAACCGAACUCUACAGACUAGCCGAAACCUGCGAGUACGGAGAUCUGAAAGAAGAAUUGAUCCGCGAUAGGCUCGUGGUCGGUCUCGCAGACACGCAACUAAGCGAGAAGCUGCAACUUAACGCCGAGCUGACUCUUGAAGCCGCAGUCACCGCUGCACGCAACUCCGAAACGAUCAAGCAGCAGCAAAAAGAUCUACGGCCGCAGCAACAGACGCCUGCGGCUAUAGACGCCAUGCGUGGAUGCUCGAAGAGCAAAGGAAAGCCAAAUCAGCGCUCUCAAAAAACACAGCGCGAUCAAACGGCGCUGACGUGCAAGUGGUGUGGCUCAACAACGCACCCACCAUCACGCACUAUGUGCCCGGCGAACGGGAAAAUAUGCAGUGCCUGCGGCAAAAAGGGACACUUUGCCGCCGUGUGCUUGUCUGCCUCUCCGAGGAAGAAAAAGAGCACCCACCAAGCCGUUUUGGAAGAGGUUUAUUUGGGUCAAUUGACUGACCAACAGGACUCUGGGCCGUGGAGGACUGACGUUACAGUAAAUGGCUUGCCAAUGAAGUUCAAAGUAGACACCGGUGCAGAUGUUACCGCUAUACCUACAAGCCUCUACAACGAACAAGUCAUGGGCAACCUGAAGCAGGCUCAGAAACAGCUGCUGGGACCCGGCCGGACCAAAAUCGCAACAAUGGGUCUGUUCAGCGCAACCUUGUGCUGGAAUGGCCGAGUGUGUCAAGAAGAAGUUUACGUGAUCGACAAGUUACACGAUGCACUUCUCGGACGUCCUGCAAUCAAAUCAUUGGAUAUCCUUCCAAGCCUCCUCGAAGUCACAGCGUCAACAAGCAAGGUCAGCGACCCUGCCAACAUUCUCUGCCACUACCCCAACUUGACUACAGGCCUGGGUCUUCUCAAGACGGAAUACAGGAUAAUAUUACUCCCCGAUGCCAAGCCAAGCGCUAUUACGUAUCCGCGGCGAGUACCCCUGCCCAUGCUGCCCAGUGUCAAACGUGAGUUGGAGAGAAUGGAGAACCUUGGCGUCAUUAGAAAGGUCGACGAGGCCACAGAGUGGUGCGCACCUAUGGUAGUCGCGAAAAAGAGAGGAGGCGAGCUUCGAAUCUGCGUCGACUUCGGAGGGUUAAACAAGAACAUUUUGCGGGAACGAGUCGUAAUGCCCACCGUCGACGAAUGUUUGGCCAGACUUGCCGGAGCUACAUGGUUCAGCAAGCUUGAUGCAAGGGCUGGUUAUUGGCAAGCUCCGCUAGCACCAGAGUCCCAGAAGUACACCACUUUUCUGACGCCAUUCGGCCGGUUUCAGUUCCUCCGAUUGCCCUUUGGAAUUUCGACAGCACCCGAGUUUUUCCAGAGAGAAAUGCUAAGAGUUCUAGAAGGCAUUGAAGGCCAGGCGUGUCUACAAGACGACAUUAUAGUGUUUGGCCCUUCAAGGGAAGAACAUGACGCACGACUGCACAAAGUACUGCAGCGCCUGCAAGAAGCUGGCAUCACCUUGAACGCAGAAAAAUGCGUACUACACCAGCAGUCAGUGAGAUUCCUGGGACACAUUGUGUCGGCGAAUGGUAUCAGUGCCGACCCUGAAAAGGUCAGCGCACUAUGUCACCUAGCAGAGCCUACAGAUGUAACAGAAGUGAGGUCCUUCUUGGGAAUGGCCAACCACUUGGCCAAGUUUCUCCCAGGGCUCUCGCAGCUCACAAAACCGUUACGUGACCUGCUUCACAGCGACGCCGAAUGGUGCUGGGACAAGCCACAGCAAGAAAGCUUCAACGCCGUCAAGAAAGCAUUGACGACGACUCCAGUGCUUACUCACUACGACCCUUGUAGUCAUCACACUGUGUCGGCGGAUGCAUCGUCGUACGGUCUUGGAGCUGUCCUCCUUCAAGAGACAGCGGGUCAGAGACUUCCAGUAGCCUAUGCCUCAAGAUCCCUCUCUGACACGGAGACGCGAUAUGCGCAAAUAGAGAAAGAAGCACUGGCAGUUACAUGGGCCUGCGAGCAUUUCCGCUCCUAUCUGCUUGGUCUGCAUUUUCACGUGGAAACUGAUCACAAGCCACUGGUGCCAUUGCUGUCAUCAAGCCGCCUGGACGAGCUUAGUCCCCGUCUGCAACGGUUCCGUAUGAGACUCCUCGAGUUCGAUUACACCAUUGCCCACAUCCCAGGCAAGGAAAUGCAUACAGCCGAUGUGCUCUCAAGGAAACCGCAGAAGGAAACGGACAACAGCAGCCCAAGGAGCCUCAGCAAGGCCGUCGUAGAACAUGAAAUUCUCACUGUGGAACUUCUGCCUGCUUCCCACGAUAUGCUUGAAAGGAUAAAGGCAGCACAAGAGAACGAUCCUGUUCUAGCAAGAGUUAGGGACUACUGCACGACGUCGUGGCCCAAAGAAGUGGCACUACCUCCGGACGUGCAGAGGUAUUCAGCAUUUGCCCAUGAACUGACACAAGUGGAUGGCAUUUUACUCAAAGGCAACCGCAUUGUCAUUCCACCAAGCAUGCAAAGUGAUGUGCUAGAACACUUGCAUGCCGGUCAUCAGGGCAUUGGGAGAUGUAGGGCUCGAGCCACUCAGUCGGUGUGGUGGCCAGGCAUUAACCAGCACAUCCAAAGUUAUGUGUCAAGAUGCCCUGUCUGUCAACAACACCGUAAACCACACGCCGAGCCUAUGAUAUUCUCCCCACUUCCUAAACACCCAUGGGAAGCGAUAGGAAUCGAUCUCUUCUGUGUGGAUGGAGUUAACUACCUCGUAGUUGUGGACUACUACUCACGUUUCUUUGAACUAAAAAAGUUGAAGCGUACCACCACAGAGAACAUAACACAAGCACUGAGUCAGAUCUUCGCGCGCUUUGGGGCACCGGCUAUCAUACGAUCAGACAACGGCCCUCAGUUUGCUUCGGCACAGUUCAAAGCGUUUGUCAAGCAAUGGGGAUCAAGUCACGUAACCAGCAGCCCCUACUUCCCUCAGAGCAACGGCGCGGCAGAAAGAACAGUUCAGACUGCUAAACAGCUGAUCAAGAAAUCGCCGAACAUCCACAAGGCUCUGCUCGCGCAUAGAGACACGCCAGGGAAAGAAGGAUUCACACCUGCGGAACUCCUCAUGGGAAGGCGCCUAAGAACCGACGUGCCCGUGGCACCACACGUGCUGAGGCCACAGUGGAGCACCGUAGAAUUUACUAAACGAAAUGAAGCCUACAAGGUCAAGCAGGGCCAACAAUAUAACCGGAGACAUAGGACUUUGGCAAGAGAGCUCAUUCAACCGCAGACAGCCGUCCGCAUUCUGUCUGGUGCUCCAACAACAGGGACCGUCAUUGGGCCAGCUCACACGCCUCGUUCGUAUGUAGUGAGCACACCUGGAGGUCUCACGAGACGCACCAGCAAACAUCUCCAGCCGCUACAACCUGUGGCGACAACAAGAAGUGGACGAACCGUAAGAGCUCCUAGUCGGCUUGACCUGUGA